AUGGCGAGCAAGAAGGGCGGCAUCAACAGGUCUCCAAAUUUUACUGCUGGUGGUGGAACGAAAGACGACAACUCAACACCUUCUAUUAUUGACGAGAAGGUAUUAGCCGUGCUGGGGCCUUCCUGCGUCGGUCUCGAAAACCCUUUUGACGGUGAUUCGUCCGUAUCUUUGAGUGGAGAACAAUGGGAAGAAGUGGAAGUGGUGGAAGUCCAGCAGGUGCCGGCAUUUUUUGUAGAAGAGGCCAAACCACCAGUAAAUUCUGAGGGGCCACAACCAUCUACAACAUCAGCAGGUUCAUCCUCAAGCAGUGGUCACAAAUGGGAGGAAUAUCAGCCUAAGCACCUGAUGUCACCAAAGGCUGCACCUCUUAAACCUAAGAUAUCAGCAGAACAAGAGUGGGUUAAGAGGAGCCAAAGGCGUAGGCCCCAAUUACCAACCAAUAAGAAGGCUAACCAGCUCAUAGACGCAAAGUUAGAACUAGCUAGAGCAGCCAAAGAAGAGCUGGAGCUGGAGCGAGUAAGAAAAGGUGAGCUGUUUGAGGUGGAGAAACGGAAGAAACUGCUUGAGGAGGAGAUGCUCAAACUUCAAGUUUUAAAAUUGAGAAAGGAUUUGGGUUUAGAGUAGAAUGGAUGAAAGGGAGGCACCCAAGCAUUACACUUCACUUUUUUAUUUGAAUUAUCAGUAUCUGUGGGGCAAGUGCAUCCCCUUUUUGUUCUUAUGAAGUUUGUUUGGAUCUAUAUUUGUUUGAUUCAGAGAAAAUGAAAGGGUCUUUGCGCUUGCACUUUACUGGUGAGACAUUACUCUUUUCUGUUUAAUUAUUUGCAUUACCUUCAUAGGAUAAGGUUUACUGUGCAAGUGAAAAGUUUCUCAUUCAUGAUUUACUCUACUUCUAUUUUUUUUUUAAUUUUAAAGACUGAAACAAAAAGUAUUUUUGAGUAUGGGUACACUUAACACUAGUGCCAUGCUUAAAUAUAGAAAUCAGUAUUUAAGGCUUUGAUCUCAUUGCGUUUUGAGUUUUGUUUUGAGUUAAGCUUCAAGGUAAUACCCAUUAUCUUUUCUUGUUUUAAGUUGCGGUUGCCAAAGCUAAACUUCCUUUUGUUUUGCCUACGCCUAAGAU